GCCUCCGUAACCAAGCAAGUGAGUGGUAGCGGUGGCUUCGUCUUGGAUGCUUUAGCACGUCUGACAGCACUUUCUUGUCAUCGGAAUUGGGUGCACUUUAGCCUCCAUAAUCGUAUCACCGCCCAUGCCAGCUACGCUAGAAGUCCCGGGCCGCGGUCCCAUCACGACCUAUGAGUCGGCCUCCAAGGAAGAAAUUCAACGUCAUCAGCCGCCUUGCGCAUGGUCCGGGCGUCAAGGCGCUGGCCGACGACCUCUGGCGGCAGAGAAAGUCGAUCGAGGCUCUCACUCGACAACAUCUUGGGCUGGGCAAGCACGACAUUUGCACCGUUCUAGAGCGCCACGAAUGGAUCCGAGGCGGCUUCAAUAUAUGCGUCUUACUCGACGUAGAGUCCGGCGGGCAGUCUAGGAAGGUCAUAUUCCGUUGCGCCAUGCCGCAUAAGCUUGCUGAAGCUAGGUACUCCGGUACCGUGGAUGAGAAGCUUGGCUGCGAGGUUGGGGCAUAUGUGUGGAUGCAAGAGAAGUGCCCUGAUGUCCGCAUCCCGCAUCUCUAUGGCUUUGGAUUUUCAGACGGCCGCCAUUUCACCAAUGCGUGCCACAGGCCAUUUUUGUUCCGCAUUUCACACAUGUUCUGGCGCUGCGUCUACGGGCUGCUCAAACUUCCGGUCCUCUCCCAGUAUGCCCGCAACACAGCCCACCACAGUAUAUGUUCUGCAUACAUACUCCUGGAGUAUAUCGCCUCCAAAUCAGGGCAGAUGCUGUCAAACACGUGGGACAAGUAUAGAGGCAACCCUGCCCACAGGCAGAGACUAUUCCACGGAAUGUCAAAGAUCAUGCUUUCGUUGGCACGUCUCCCUCAGUUGCAAAUUGGGGCCUUCCAGUUUAAUAAUGACGGCACCAUAACGCUGACAAACCGGCCCCUGUCUUGCUCCAUCGUACUCUUAGGGAACGACGGCGCGCCAAGGACAAUGCAGAGGAACGACACAGACAAAUGCACCGACGCUUUCGUGUCAGAGAUGCUCACCUUUCACGAUCAUCGCUUCCUCGGCCAGCCAAACGCUAUGUGUAGCGGAAGCGAUUGUCGUGGUCAAAUGGCCGUAAAGACCCUGCUCCGGGCAUUCUCGCACCGGUAUAUCAAACGGGAAUCCCGUCACGGGCCUUUCCUUCUCCAGCUCACCGACCUCCAUGCAAGCAAUAUCUUUGUUGACCAUGACUGGAAUAUCACAUGCUUGAUAGACCUGGAGUGGCUCUGCGCGCUCCCUGUAGAGAUGCUCAACGUGCCGUACUGGCUUACCGGGUGCAGCAUUGAUGAGAUACAAGGCGAACGCUAUGGCGAGUUUGACAAGAUACAACAGGAGUUUAUGCACAUCUUACAAGUGCAGGAGCGCAGGACAAGAGCCAAUCACGGAAUCACAAUCUCGAAAGUCAUGCAGGAUAUGUGGGAGUCCAAGGGAAUAUGGUUCUGGGAUUGCCUGUCUUCUGUAAACACCAUGUAUUUUCUCCUCGAAGGCCACCUCUGCCCCCCAGGCUUCCUGUCCCUCAACGUUGAGAGAGCUGUGUCGCAGUUCUGGUGUGAGGAUUCAGAAGGAGUGGUUCAGACAAAGCUGGCUGAUAGGGAGGACUAUGACGCUGAGAUGAAGCGGGUAUUUGGCGAAUGAGCGGGCACGCCGUGUCAAGGUGUCGAAGGGAUGUCGUUGCAGAAUCUGAGUGGAAAAGGGGCAAAGAAUGGAGGGAGGGAGG